AUGGGAGGCGUGCGCUGGGCGUUCCGGUGUGGUUCGUGGACGCCGACCCGCUCUGAGUGGCUGCUGGCGGCCCGGUGUGUGCAGCACGAGGAGAAAGAGCGAAUCGGACAGUUCAUGUUUGCCAAAGAUGCCAAAUCAGCCAUGGUGCGUUGACCGUGUUAUUCCGAUAUAAAGUAGUCACUGUGCCAUGUUCUCCCUUGAUUAUCAAAUAGCAAUUUUCAAUGCACUAGGUUUUUGUAACUUCCCAGCAGUGACACACCUGAUUCUACUAAUCAUCAGGCCUUGAUUAAUCAUAUCAACUAGGUGUGUCAGGCAAGGGUGAGAUUGGGACACAUAUAGUACGUUGAAAUUGGUGGGGAAACAUCCAACUGGGAGGUGUGAUCAUUGUCAGGAGGAGAUGGAGGCAGUGGAACAUGUUAUAUUUCAGUGCCAGAAAUAUGGGAGGGAAAGGGAGCGAUUGUUAUUAGAUUUGAAGAGUAAUGGGGUUGAAGAGCCAAGAUUAAGUUAACUGCUGGGGAAAUCUUCCGGGGAUCUAGUAUUUAAUUAUGUAUUUCGUUUCCUUAGGGAGACGAAUAUUCGGUAGGAUUUAGACCUUCCCUGUCGCUGGUCCACACUCCAGUCCAGUUGGUGGCGAUAAUUCACCUUAAAGUUGGUUGCCAAUGGCCAAAGAAAUCCACAGAAGAAGAUGAUGCGUCAGAGUUACCGUUCACUGGAGAGAGGAGUGGCAGCAGUGCCCACCCUUAUUGACGCUCUCUUUCUUCCCUGCUCUCCCAGGCUGGCAGGUUGUUGUUGAGGAGGUUGGUGUGUGACAGGAUGGGUGUUCCAUGGGCUGACAUCCGCCUGGAGCGUUCUCCCAGAGGAAAGCCCUACCUGGCCAGCCCAGCCUGCUCCAGCCCUGAAUCCGUGGGCUGGAGUUUUAACAUCUCCCACCAGGGUGACUAUGCUGUGCUGGCUGCAGAGCAGGGGCUGCAGGUCGGGGUCGACGUGAUGAAGACCAACAUGCCAGGUGUGUGUGUCUGCGCGUGCGUGCACAUUGGCUUUCUUUAGUGCUUUGUGUGUCAGUUUGAUUAAAUGAGCAGCAUUGAGAAGAGCUCACUCUGACAGUAAACUGUCUUACUGCCUCCUGAACCUUUCUAUCUCCCCUGUUCCUGUUUUGUGUGUAUGCGAGAGAGAAGUAACCCUCUUAUCCUGUAUAACUCCCCUGCUUGAGUCUCUCUAUUUCACCCUUCUCACCACAUCUCAUUUGGCGUCCUCCUCUCCAAGCCUUCAGGACGCUAAUCUGCUAAUCCCAGUCCUGUCACUCACCCAGACCUUCUCCCAAAUUCCCCUUUAUAAUCACCAAAUCCCCUUAAAAUAGGCCUAGACCUCUUCAUCUGAAAUGGUUGAGCGUUCUACAUAGCCUCCUUCCCUGGAGAAAAAGAAUAAGGACGACGAUACCUUAAAGCACUUACCUUCCACAUUGCCCCCCAGGGAGAAUAGCUAGCUAGGCCCUUUAAACCUUAUCGAUGGGCUGUCAUUCACAAAUCCCUAUAUAAAGUCAGGGGACUUUAAUGCAGGGAAACUUAAAUCUGUUCUACCUAAUAUCUAUCAGCAUGUUAAAUGUGCAACCAGAGGAAAAAAAACUCUAGACCACCUUUACUCCACACACACAGAUGCAUACAAAGCUCUCCCUCGCACUCCAUUUGGCAAAUCUGACCAUAACUCUAUCCUCCUGAUUCCUGCUUACAAGCAAAAACUAAAGCAGGAAGCACCAGUGACUCGGUCAAUAAAAGAGUGGUCAGAUGACACAAAGCUAAGCUACAGGACUGUUUUGCUAGCACAGACUGGAACAUGUUCCGGGAUUCUUCAGAUAGCAUUGAGGAGUACACCACAUCAGUCACUGGCUUCAUCAAUAAGUGCAUCGAUGACGUCGUCCCCACAGUGAUCGUACGUACAUACCAGAAGCCAUGGAUUACAGGCAACAUCCGCACUGAGCUAAAGGCUAGAGCUGCCGCUUUCAAAGAGCGGGACUCUAACCCGGAAGCUUAUAAGAAAUCCCGCUAUGCCCUUCGACGAACCAUCAACCAGGCAAAGUGUCAAUACAGGACUAAGAUUGAAUCGUACUACACCGGCUCUGACGCUCGUCGGAUGUGUCAGGGCUUGAAAACUAUUACAGACUACAAAGGGAAGCACAGCCGCGAUCUGCCCAGUGACACAAGCCUACCAGAUGAGCUAAAUCACUUCUAUGCUCGCUUCGAGGCAAGCAACACUGAAGCAUGCAUGAGAGCACCAGCUGUUCCGGAUGACUAUGUGAUCACGCUCUCCGUAGCCGAUGUGAGUAAGAUUUUUAAGCAGGUCAACAUUCACAAGGCCGCAGGGCCAGACGGAUUACCAGGACGUGUACUCCGAGCAUGUGCUGACCAACUGGCAAGUGUCUUCACUGACAUUUUCAACAUGUCCUUGACCGAGUCUGUAAUACCUACAUGUUUCAAGCAGACCGCCAUAGUCCCUGUGCCCAAGAACACCAAGAUAACCUGCCUAAAUGACUACCGACCCGUAGCACUCACGUCUGUAGCCAUGAAGUGCUUUGAAAGGCUGGUCAUGGCUCACAUCAACACCAUUAUCCCAGAAACCCUAGACCCACUCCAAUUUGCAUGCCUCCCCAACAGAUCCACAGAUGAUGCAAUCUCUAUUGCACUCCACACUGCCCUUUCCCAUCUGGACAAGAGGAACACCUAUGUGAGAAUGCUAUUCAUUGACUACAGCUCAGCGUUCAACACCAUAGUGCCCUCAAAGCUCAUCACAAAGCUAAGGAUCCUGGGACUAAACACCUCCCUCUGCAACUGGAUCCUGGACUUCCUGACGGGCCGCCCCCAGGUGGUAAGGGUAGGUAACAACACGUCUGCCACGCUGAUCCUCAACACAGGGGCCCCUCCUGUACUUCCUGGUCACCCAUGACUGCAUGGCCAGGCACGACUCCAACACCAUCAUUAAGUUUGCAGACGACACAACAGCGGUAGGCCUGAUCACCGACAACGAUGAGACAGCCUAUAGGGAGGAGGUCAGAGACCUGGCCGUGUGGUGCCAGGAUAACAACCUCUCCCUCAAUGUGAUCAAGACAAAGGAGAUGAUUGUGGACUACAGGAAAAGAAAGAGGAACAAGCACGCCCCCAUUCUCAUCGACGGGGCUGUAGUGGAACAGGUUGAGAGCUUCAAGUUCCUUGGUGUCCACAUCACCAACGAACUAUCAUGGUCCAAACACACCAAGACAGUCGUGAAGAGGGCACGACAAAACCUAUUCCCCCCCAGGAGACUGAAAAGAUUUGGCACGGGUCCUCAGAUCCUCAAAAAGUUCUACAGCUGCACCAUCGAGAGCAUCCUGACUGGUUGCAUCACCUCCUGGUAUGGCAACUGCUCGCCCUCCGACUGCAAGGCACUACAGAGAUAGUGCGUACGGCCCAGUACAUCACUGGGGCCAAGCUUCCUGCCAUACAGGACCUCUAUACCAGGCUGUGUCAGAAGAAGACCCUAAAAAUUGUCAAAGACUCAAGCCACCCUAGUCAUGGACUGUUCUCUCUGCUACCGCACAGCAAGCGGUACCGGAGCUCCAAGUCUAGGUCCAAAAGGCUUCUCAACAGUUUCUACCCCCAAGCCAUAAGACUCCUGAACAGCUAAUCGUGGCUACCCAGACUAUUUGCAAAUGGCUACCCUCUCUUUUACGCUGCUGCUACUCUGUUUACUAUUUAUGCAUAGUCACUUUAACUCUACCCACAUGUACAGUGGGGAAAAAAGUAUUUAGUCAGCCACCAAUUGUGCAAGUUCUCCCACUUAAAAAGAUGAGAGAGGCCUGUAAUUUUCAUCAUAGGUACACGUCAACUAUGACAGACAAAAUGAGGAAAGAAAAUCACAUUGUAGGAUUUUUUAUGAAUUUAUUUGCAAAUUAUGGUGGAAAAUAAGUAUUUGGUCAAUAACAAAAGUUUCUCAAUACUUUGUUAUAUACCCUUUGUUGGCAAUGACACAGGUCAAACGUUUUCUGUAAGUCUUCACAAGGUUUUCACACACUGUUGCUGGUAUUUUGGCCCAUUCCUCCAUGCAGAUCUCCUCUAGAGCAGUGAUGUUUUGGGGCUGUCGCUGGGCAACACAGACUUUCAACUCCCUCCAAAGAUUGUCUAUGGGGUUGAGAUCUGGAGACUGGUUAGGCCGCUCCAGGACCUUGAAAUGCUUCUUACGAAGCCAGUCCUUCGUUGCCCGGGCGGUGUGUUUGGGAUCAUUGUCAUGCUGAAAGACCCAGCCACGUUUCAUCUUCAACGCCCUUGCUGAUGGAAGGAGGUUUUCACUCAAAAUCUCACGAUACAUGGCCCCAUUCAUUCUUUCCUUUACACGGAUCAGUCGUCCUGGUCCCUUUGCAGAAAAACAGCCCCAAAGCAUGAUGUUUCCACCCCCAUGCUUCACAGUAGGUAUGGUGUUCUUUGGAUGCAACUCAGCAUUCUUUGUCCUCCAAACACGACGAGUUGAGUUUUUACCAAAAAGUUAUAUUUUGGUUUCAUCUGACCAUAUGACAUUCUCCCAAUCCUCUUCUGGAUCAUCCAAAUGCACUCUAGCAAACUUCAGACGGGCCUGGACAUGUACUGGCUUAAGCAGGGGGACACGUCUGGCACUGCAGGAUUUGAGUCCCUGGCGGCGUAGUGUGUUACUGAUGGUAGGCUUUGUUACUUUGGUCCCAGCUCUCUGCAGGUCAUUCACUAGGUCCCCCCGUGUGGUUCUGGGAUUUUUGCUCACCGUUCUUGUGAUCAUUUUGACCCCACGGGGUGAGAUCUUGCGUGGAGCCCCACAUCGAGGGAGAUUAUCAGUGGUCUUGUAUGUCUUCCAUUUCCUAAUAAUUGCUCCCACAGUUGAUUUCUUCAAACCAAGCUGCUUACCUAUUGCAGAUUCAGUCUUCCCAGCCUGGUGCAGGUCUACAAUUUUGUUUCUGGUGUCCUUUGACAGCUCUUUGGUCUUGGCCAUAGUGGAGUUUGGAGUGUGACUGUUUGAGGUUGUGGACAGGUGUCUUUUAUACUGAUAACAACUUCAAACAGGUGCCAUUAAUACAGGUAACGAGUGGAGGACAGAGGAGCCUCUUAAAGAAGAAGUUACAGGUCUGUGAGAGCCAGAAAUCUUGCUUGUUUGUAGGUGACCAAAUACUUAUUUUCCACCAUAAUUUGCAAAUAAAUUCAUUAAAAAUCCUACAAUGUGAUUUUCUGGAAUUCUUUUCCUCAAUUUGUCUGUCAAAGUUGACGUGUACCUAUGAUGAAAAUUACAGGCCUCUCUCAUCUUUUUAAGUGGGAGAACUUGCACAAUUGGUGGCUGACUAAAUACUUUUUUCCCCCACUGUACAUAUGACCUCAAUUACCUCGACUAGCCGGUGCCCCCGCACAUUGACUCUGUACCGGUACCCCCCCUGUAUAUAGCCUCCCUACUGUUAUUUUAUUUUACUGCUGCUCUUUAGCUAUUUGUGUUUAUUUUCUAUUUUUCUUUAAUUUACACUUUAUUUAAAAAAUUUAUUUUAAAAAACUGCAUUGUUGGUUAAGGGCUUGUAAGUAAGCAUUUCAUUGUAAUGUAUACACCUGCUGUAUUCGGCGCAUGUGGCAAAUACAUUUUGAUUUGAUCCAUUGUACAAAGUCAUCUAAAGGAUUUCUUCCAAGUGUCCUGCAGAUCCUUUCUUUACCACAUGAUGCCGCUGUUGUCUUUCGUAUUCCCUGAGAGCAAUUUGGCAGCGCUCCAACACAGGGAUCUCCUGCCUCUUCCCAUUCCGUCUGUGUGUUUUAAAGAUGGUUGGAGGAGAAAAAGUCAUGAUCCCAAACAAAGUAGGAGUGUCUGUGUUGCUUUUCUCUCCAUUUCAACCUCUUCUCCCUCAACUUUUCCUUACUGUCAGAGCUCAAACCCUCAGGUUUGUGUUUAUUUUAUUAUAAACUGUUUUUUCCCUGUACCCCACUCUCUCUCCCUCCCUCUGUCUCCAGGUAGCAGUUCUGUCCCAGAGUUUUUCCGUAUCAUGACGAGGCAGUUUACGGAGUAUGAGUGGAGUGUUAUCCGCGGAGCAGGAUCAGAAUGGGAGCAACUGACCAUGUUCUACAGACACUGGGUAACCAUGGCGAUACAUGCAUCACUCUCACAUCCAUGGUGAUAUAUGAUACACACGCUAGACUUGCACACUGAGUCAUACACAUUACAUGCAGGGGCAGGGACCCCCCCCCAGUCGAGAAGUUGUCAGAUUGAGAGAGAGCAGCACAAGGACAUCAAGUACUGAUAUCAUCGCUGUUGACUAAUCUUACUGCUUUCCCGUUGCCAUAGUGACUUGCCUUGUAAUCCUGUUACUGUGGCUUGCCUUCGUGUAACAAGGUUUGUUUGACUUCAGAGACUCAUCCACACACACCAUGAUCAUCACACAUAGAACCCUGUGUCAUUGCCUGGACUUCCGAGACACAUCCACACACACACACCAUGAUCAUCACACACAGAACCCUGUGUCAUUGCCUGGGACAGGGAAAGUGUUCAACCUGAUAAGUGAUGGUUUUGAAUGCCUUAUGGGUACACCAAUGGUUGUUCACCAUUUUAAAUUAUUAUUGUGUACAGGCAGUGCCUUCAGAAAGCAAUCAUACCCCUUGACUUAUUACACAUUUAGUUGUUACAGCCUGAAUUCAAAAUGAAUUAAAUUGUUUUUUUCCCUCACACAGUACACCAUAAUGAAAAAGUGAAAACAUGUUUUUAGAAAUGUUAGCACAUUUAUUGAAAAUGAAAUGCAGAAAUAUCUCAUUUACAUAAGUAUUCACACCCCUGAGUAAAUAGUCGUGGUCAAAAGUUUUGAGAAUGACACAAGUAUUGGUCUUCACAAAGUUCGCUGCUUCAGUGUUAUGAGAUAUUUUUGUCAGAUGUUACUAUGGUAUACUGAAGUAUAAUUACACGCAUUCCAUAAGGGUCAAAGGCUUUUAUUGACAAUUACAUUAAGUUUAUGCAAAGAGUCAAUAUUUGCAGUGUUGAUCCUUCUUUUUCAAGACCUCUGCAAUCCGCCCUGGCAUGCUGUCAAUUAACUUCUCGGCCACAUCCUGACUGAUGGCAGCCCAUUCUUGCAUAAUCAAUGCUUGGAGUUUGUCACAAUUUUGGAUUUUUGUUUGUCCACCCGCUUGAGGAUUGACCACAAGUUCUCAAUGGGAUUAAGGUCUGGGGAGUUUCCUGGCCAUGGACCCAAAAUUUCGAUGUUAUGUUCCCCGAGCCACUUAGUUAUCACUUUUGCCUAAUGGCAAGGUGCUCCUUCAUGCUGGAAAAUGCAUUGUUUGUCACCAAACUGUUCUUGGAUGGUUGGGAGAAGUUGCUCUCGGAGGAUGUUUUGGUACCAUUCUUUAUUCAUGGCUGUGUUCUUAGGCAAAAUUGUGAGUGAGCCCACUCCCUUGGCUGAGAAGCAACCCCACACAUGAAUGGUCUCAGGAUGCUUUACUGUUUCUCCGGACAAGGUGUUUUCCGGAUGCCCCAAACAUUUGGAAAGGGGAUUCAUCAGAGAAAAUGACUUUACCCCAGUCCUCAGCAGUCCAAUCCCUGUACCUUUUGCAGAAUAUCAGUCUGUCCCUGAUGUUUUUCCUGGAGAGAAGUGGCUUCCUCGCUGCCCUUCUUGACACCAGGCCAUCCUCCAAAAGUCUUUGCCUCACUGUGCGUGCAGAUGCACUCACACCUGCCUGCUGUCAUUCCUGAGCAAGCUCUGCACUGGUGGUGCCCCAAUCCCGCAGCUUAAUCAACUUUAGGAGACGUCCUGGCGCUUGCUGUACUGUCCUGGGUGCCCUGAAGCCUUCUUCACAACAAUUGAACCUCUUUCCUUGAAGUUCUUGAUGAUCCGAUAAAUGGUUGAUUUAGGUGCAAUCUUACUAGCAGCAAUAUCCUUGCCUGUGAAGCCCUUUUUGUGCAAAGCAAUGAUGACGGCACGUGUUUCCUUGCAGGUAACCAUGGUUAACAGAGGAAGAACAAUGAUUUCAAGCACCACCCUUCUUUUAAAGCUUCCAGUCUGUUAUUCUAACUCAAUCACCAUGACAGAGUGAUCUCCAGCCUUGUCCUCAUUGACACUCAGCCCUGUGUUAACGAGAGAAUCACUGACAUGAUGUCAGCUGGUCCUUUUGUGGCAGGGCUGAAAUGCAGUGGAAAUGUUUUUGGGGGAUUAAGUUCAUUUUCAUGGCAAAGAGGGACUUUGCAAUUAAUUGCAAUUCAUCUGAUCACUCUUCAUAACAUUCUGGAGUAUAUGCAAAUUGCCAUCAUAAAAACUGAGGCAGCAGACUUUGAAAAUGUAUAUUUGUGUCAUUCUCAAAACUUUUGACCAUGACUGUUAGAAUCCCCUUUGGCAGUGACUACAGCUGGGUAAGUCUUUCUGGGUAAGUCUCAAAGAGAUUUGCACACCUGGAUUGUACAAUUUUUGCACAUUUAUUAUUUUUACAAUUCAAGCUCGGUCAAGUUGGUUGUUGAUCAUUGCUAGACAGCCAUUUUCAAGUCUUGCCGUAGAUUUUCAAGCAGAUUUAAGUCAACUGUAACUAGACCACUCAGGAACAUUCAAUGUAGUCUUGGUAAGCAACUUCAGUGUAUAUUUGGCCUUUUUUUAGGUCAUUGUCCUGCUGAAAGGUGGAUUUGUCUCCCAUGGUCUGUUGGAAAGCAGACUGAACCAAGUUUUCCUCUAGGAUUUUGCCUGUGCUUAGCUCUAUUCCAUUAACUUUUAUCCUAAAAAAAAACUCUAUAGUCCAUGCCGAUAACAAGCAUACCGAUAACAUGAUGCAGCCACCACUAUGCUUGAAAAUAUGAAGAGUGGUACUCAGUGAUGUGUUGUUGGAUUUGCCCCAAAUAUUCAGAACAUAAAGUUAUUUUCUUUGCCACAUUUUACGCAGUUUUACUUUAGUGCCUUUAGUGAGUUUUUUUGGAAUAUUUUUAAUCUGUACAAGCUUCCUUCUUUUCACUCGGUCAAUUAGCUUAGUAUUGUCGAGUAACGACUGUUGUUGAUUUAUCCUCAGUUUUCUCCUAUCACAGCCAAUAUCUCUGUAACUGUUUUAAAGUCACUGUUGGCCUCAUGGUGAUAUCCCUGAGCGGUUUCCUUCCUCUCCGGCAACUGAGUUAGGAAGGUUGCCUGUAUAUUUUUAUUGACUGGGUGUAUUGAUACACCAUCCAAAGUGUUAAUAACUUCACCAUGCUCAAAGGGAUAUUCAGUCUCCCUUUUUUGUUUGUUUUGUUUACCCAUCUACCAAUAGGUGCCCUUCUUUGCGAGUCAUUGGGAAACCUCCCUGGUCUUUGUGGUUGAAUCUGUGUUUGAAACUGCUCGAUUGAGGGACCUUACAGAUAAUUGUAUGUGUGGGGUACAGAGAUGAGGAAGUCAUUCAAAAAUCAUGUUGAACACUUUAAUUGCACACAGAGUGAGUAGACUUAUGUGACUUGUUAAGCAAAUUUGUACUCCUGAACUUAUUUAGGCUUGCCAUAACAAAGGGUUUAAAUACUUAUUGACUCAAGACAUUUAAAGCUUUUCAGUUUUAAUUAAUUUCAAAACAUAAUUCCACUUUGACAUUAUGGGGUAUUGUGUGUAGACCAGUGACGCAAUCUCAAUUUAAUCCAUUUUAUAUUCAGGCUGUAACGCAAACAUUUUGGGGAAAAAGUCAAGUGGUGUAAAUACUUUGUUAAGGCACUGUGUAAUCUCUCUUAUAUACAAUAAGAUCACUUUAACUGUAUUCUUUUUACUCUUCGUCUGAUAUUUUCGUGGCUCUGAUUGGUUGUCUUUCCUGUCCGUCAAGGCGUUGAAGGAAAGCUUCAUCAAGGCGAUUGGCACAGGGCUGGGCUUUAACCUACAGAGGGCAGAGUUUCACCUCUCACCUGAGCCAAUCGCAGAGGGCAAGGUGUGUCGCCGGACCACAAUGCACCUGGACGAAGAGGAAGAGGAGGUCUGGACCUUCGAGGUGAGCAGGGUCCAGUGGUUGUGGAGGGAAGGAGAUGGGAUCAGGAAGAGUAAAGAAAGUUCAAGAGUAUCCAACCAUCUCCUGCUCUUUUCUGUGUAUCCAACACACUAUCACAGAUUAUCGCAAAAUAGACACAAAUUACUUAUUCGAAAUUCGUGACAGGCACACACAUUUUUUUCGUGUCCACCACGCAAUUUUCUUCAUAACGCAUUCGUGUCCAGUACACAAUUUUCUUGUUGUUGUAAUGUUAGCUAGGUUAGGGGUUAAGGUUAGGUAUGAGGGGUAGGGUUAGCUAACAUGCUAGCUAAGUAGUUAAAAAGUAGUAAGUAGUUGCUAAAAUGCUAAAGUUGUCAUAAUAUGAUUCGAACAAGCAACGGUUGGGUUGCUCGACCUUCGCGUUAUAUGCCCACCCAUCCUCCACGAUCGUUUCUGUAUUAAGUAACCUACUGCCUUCAUCAGUGAUUGAAAUGCACUGUAUACAAAAUCGUGUGGUGAACAUUAACAUUUGUAAAAAAAAAUAUAUAUAUAUAUAUAAUGCGUGUCGCUGUCACGAAUUUCACAAAAGUCUAUUUCACUAUAAUUUGUGAUUAGUGGGUUUAUGUAUUACAGACACGCUAAACAGCAGGUGGUUUAUAGUAAUCUUCUUUUUGGCAGCAGCUCAAACGCCGUUCCAAUUCCACUAACAGCAGCUUGGCGGGGUCUCUUUAGCAGCUAUAGCUUACACUAUACCUCUUCAAUUUAAUCAGUUAGCUUCAACGUUUCCCACUAAAGCUAAUGCUAUCCUGCUCCAAUGUCAUCAGUUAGCAUUAACGUUACCCACUAAAGCUAAUGCUAUCCUGCUCCAAUUUAAUCACUUAGCUUUAGCAUUACCCAGUAAAACUAAUGCUAUCCUGCUCCAAUUUCGUCAGUUAGCUUUAGAGUUACCCACUAAAGCUAUUGCUAUCCCUAUUGCCACUAACAGAUUAGCAAGGUCUUGUUAGCGGCUAAUAUCGCGUAUGGCAAUCUCUUUGUCUCUUUGUGAUUGGGAUCUUAGCAUACGCACAAACACGUACUCUGGCACUCCCUCUGUCUCAGAAUCUUUGAAUUCUCUAACAAUGUAUCCUUGAAAGCAUUUGUAAAGUGCUUUUCUAGGAAAUACUGGAGACUAGGAUGGUGUCAGUACCUCUCACACCAAGGCUUUAGAGUUGUACAAAGUGACCUCCUUUCCUUGUCUCCUUUCCUCAUCUCCUUCCUUUCAGCCACACUAGUCUGAAAAGCUACUGUAUGUCAGGGGAAAGCAGUAUUUUGAAAACCUAUUGGGUGGGUUGGAUCUCACCUUUAAAGCUGAAAAGAAUGAAUGGUCCAUAACAGAAUUCGCUCUUUCCUCUUUGGACUGGUUUGUCGGCAUAAUGGUGUUUUGGUGUUUCUGUUGUGAGACUUCUGUCACCAGAGAAUAUCAACACACCUAUUGAUCGCCAGCUCAGGGACAGUACAGCUGCACUAUGGAUCUGCUUCUGAGAUGUUUUCUAAAUGGAAGAGGGAGGGGGGGGGACGGACGGACGGACGGAGCGAGCGAGCUAGCUAGGGAGGACUGGGAGAAAACUAACUGCCCAAUUUAGGGAGCACCAGAGACAAGGUUUCAGUACUCGUACCAAGGGAUCAAAAUCAUCACAUUUUGACCUGUCACUGUUUGCUGGGUCAAGCGCGCACAAACACUUUUUUACCUGAGUGAGCUGUUAAGUUAAUGUUUUAAGUAUCCCUAUAUUUCUGUUAUUACGGUGCUAUCGCUCUGUUGUUAGUAUGCCUGCGCGGUAGUCUCACUGUUGAUGGACCUGGCCUGAGUGCGAUGGCAACCAUGUACUGUGGAAAUACGGUAAAGUCAACGUUGUUAAACUGGAACCUAGUCGUUGUCAUUUUGAAGUUAACAUUUGUAGCAGAGGAUGGUUCAUAACUACAAUGUGCCACCUCGCUUUGACGAGAAGAGGUCGUACGAAAGUUGUAAAAAUGAACUUGGAAUCUGGACACGGGUUACUAAUCUGGACGAGAAAAAGCAAGCACUUGCGGUGGUAUUAUCGCUCGAGGGAAGAGCGAGAGAUACAGCACUGGAAAUAUCCCUUGAUAUGGAACCUAGUCGUUGUGUCAUUUUAAGUUAACAUGAGCAAGAGGAGAGAGAGAAUAUCCUUGUCCCCCCCCCCUUCCUCUCUCUCUGCCAUAUUGAUAAGAGUAAUGAGAUGCAACUAGGAUGCUAGACUUCACAUCUGCUAAGGUCUGCAGAAUGAAUGUUUGUUCCAGAUAGGGUGAAUAACUCCACAGAAACACCUGUCACAUACACACACACACACACACACACACACACACACACAGACAGACGCAGAAUUAACAUACAGAUGAGGCAAGCAGCAGUGCUCACCUGGUGCCAUCUGACCCCUGAACGCUGCGUAUUGAUUGGCUGGCUUAAUGAGGUGGCGACCCAGGUCUUUCCACUUCCUGGUGACCCUGUGUAAUGUCACGACCCCACUGUGUCAUAAUGAGGUCAUGACAUUUGGUAGUGAGGGAAUUAACAAGAGGACUCAUGAACAGUGGUGGAAAAAGUACCCAAUUGUCAUACUUGAGUAAAAGUAAAGAUACCUUAAAAGAAAAUGACUCAAGUGAAAGUCACCCAGUAAAAUACUACUUGAGUAAAAGUAUUUGGUUUUAAAUAUACUUAAGUAUCAAAAGUAAAAGUAUAAAUCAUUUCAAAUUCUUUAUAUUAAGCAACCCAUACGGCACAAUUUUUUAUUUAAUUUAUUUUACAGAUAGCCAGGGGCACACUUCAACAGCCAGACAUAAUUUAAAAAUGAAGCAUUUGUGUUUGGUGAGUCUGCCAGAUCAGAGGCAGUAGGGAUGACCAGGGAUGUUCUCUUGAUUAGUGGGUGAAUUAGACAAUUAGACAAGUACUUUUGGGUGUCAGGGAAAAUGUAUGGAGUAAAAAGUACAUUAUUUUCUUUAGGAAUGUAGUGAAGUAAAAGUUUUUAAAUAUAAAUAGUAAAGUACAGAUACCCCAAAAAACUACUCGAGUAGUACUUUAAAGUAUUUUUACUUAAGUACUUUACACCACUGCUCAAGUACACAAACACACAGAGGGUUUAUUACAACUCAUACAUGUACACAGACAAAUACACACAAACACACUGUCACAAUUAUUUAACUCUUAUCUGGACAGUUAAAGAUGGGCAGUAGGGAAACGGCGCCCCUGUCCGCCCCACCACCUUCAUUGUUUUUGCUUUGUCUGGGAGAGAGAAAAAGUCUGUUUGCAGUAACUUCUUUGUUGUAGUAUCACAAACGGACGUGGCAGGGAGUCGUCCUUCCAUAAAUGUCGAUUAAAAAAAUAAAAUAAAUGAACAGGAGAUACAGAUGGAGGUUCUUAAUUUGAGCCAGUUUGCUACAGCAAGAAAAUAAUCCUGGUGUAACAGGAAAUGUGGAUUAUAAUUAAUGGACAUUUUUGUAGUGGUUGAUACAUUUCAAAGUGCAAAUUACAAACUUCAGAAGCCUUUUUAAACCUCAAAUACACCACAAGUUUUAAAUGUCCUGCAUUGCAGGAAAGUUAUCCUGCAACAGGGUGAUCAAAUUUAGAUCCUACACCUGUAACCUCCCUCCCCUUAAAAAGUAAAGGAGUGAGGCUGUCCGACUGGGCCUAUGAUUAGGGCCAACUGUGUGGAAUGAAAGCGGGAGAGGGGAACCGGGAUGAUAAAUAGCCAGUAUUAGGACACUGAUGUGUUAGAAUGGAGAGAGGAGAGGUGUGUGGCUGGAUGCAUGCGUGAUCCUUUCGGUAAAGGAGAGCUAUUUGUCACCUUAAUCACUCGUAUAAGCCAACACCUAUAACCUCAUUCUGUUUGUAUGUUGUGUAUAUGUGUGUAUUUCAUGUAAACAUUUGUGUGUUUGUUUAACUGCUCCUGUCCUCUUCAGGAGAGUGUGUUGGGUAAGGACCACCAUGUUGCUGUGGCAAUGGGACCAAACCAUACAGUCAGAUCUGUGGUGAGUCAUAGGAGUGUGUGUGUGUGUGUGGGAAUGUAAGUGAGACUGUGUUUUCAGUACAAUGAAGUAGAUUACUAACCUCCCCUUCUUUUUCCUUAGACUCCCCCUGCCCUCACCUCUCCUCCCCCCUCCUUCACCUUCCUCUCCUUCAGUGACCUCAUCAGCAUGGCCACACCCCUCUUUGAAGAAGACUCCGCCUACUGGGAGAGCUUCCAGAAUAAGGCUGAAGCCCCGGAAAGACAGAGACUCACGCCUAUAGUAUGA